AUGGGAUUAGAGACCGAAAUGGACAUUACCCUUAAAGCAUUGCAGGAUGGUGUAUGCUUCUGUUUGGAGAAACCCAUUUCACCACAGAAUGUUAGAGACGUGUGGCAACACGGGAUAAAGAAAAAUAGAUCAAAUGAAAUUGGAUCGAUUAAAGAAGGAGAGAAUGAUAAUGGAGUUGGAGAAAAUCAAGCUAAGGCGAACCCUCAAAGUAUUCUAAUGUUAAACCGAAAGGAACCAAAUGCUGGACUUGGAAAUGGACAAUCAAAAGUGAGAAAGAUAAGAUCUGCUUUUGAGAAUACUAGUGUUAAUGCGGUUUGGGAAGAGGGUGAGGAGGACAAGGGCGGGAACUGUGCUAAGAAACAACGUAUGGUUUGGAACCAUGACCUGGAAUUAGAGUUUACAGCUGUUGUCAGUGCUUUAAGGGACAAAGAAGCUCGUCCAAAGUCAACACUAAGUUUUAUGGAUGUUCCAGAGUUGACUCAACCCCAAGUUGCUAGUCGUAAAAGGGUGCAAGUUGGAUCAUCAUAUGAGGUACAUAAUAACAAUUCAUUCUUACAGAUUGGGGACUCAUUGAACAAUGCUUCAAGGGUGCAAGUUGGAUCAUCACAUGAGGUUGGAUCCUCAUUGAACAAUGUUCAAAACAAUGCUUCAAGGGCGCAAGUUGGAUCAUCAUAUGGGCUGCAGAAUAACAAUAUGCUUCUACAGCCUGGAUCGUCAUUAAACUGGCUGCAGAAUAAUUUGCCGAUGUUUCAUCCUAGACCCUCAUUUAAUUUCCAGAAUAACAAUGCAGCUUUGCAAUGUGAGUCAUCACUAGACGUGCAGGAUGAUGAAGUGUCGUCGAUAUAUAGACCACAACCAGAAGGGAUGCAGGAGACUCUUUUGGUGCUACAACAGGGAUCAUCAUCAUCAUCACAUGGUUUAUGGAAAAACAUUUCAAACCUGUAG